CUCCCACUAACAAGCCCCCCCCUCCCCCCCUCCACUCCGACCGAAACUUACACAACUAAAAAAUUUCCCAUCCACCCGCACCGAACAUCCACCGCCUCCCGUCUUCUCCGUCUACAAACAAUUAUUCCAUCACUCUAUCAUCUUCUACCGGACCUGCAUUCGGAGUGUCGCCUUAUUGUUCGGAACAACAUCAUCAUCUAUUCCUUCACUUGCGAUACAUCUUUGGUCUAUCAUCUAUCAUGGCGUCUGUCGUCCGCGGCACGUCGCUCAGAGCCGGCGGUGCUUGUGUGCGUUGUCGCAAGGGAAAGACGAAGUGUGUCUACGAGAAUGGUCGCGCACCAUGCAGGAAUUGUGCGAAGGGAAUGCAUGAAUGUUACUUACCAUCAGAGAGUAUGGCUCACCACCAUGGUCAAUCACCAGCAAGGCCGCCCCGUCCGCGAGAGAGUCUACCUGGAGAGCGAAGCGUGUCGGCAACCAGCGACCGCCAGCCUGUAGCGACCGGCGCUGUUUUGCCGCGCAGUUUGCAAUCUAAUAGUGAAAAACUCAAUCCGGAACUGGUGACGGAAUGUGAGAGGGUAAUCAGCAAGACCAUUCCGUCUUGUGUUGCCUUUCACAAACCUUCCUUCCUACAGAAGCUCAAGAAUGGCACCCUUGAGGCUAGUAUUGUUAACGGUCUUUUGACUUGUGCUGCGCGGAGUUCUCCAGCCUUGAUUCGUCGUUAUGGCGGUCAGGGAGGUGCCUCGGCUGCGGCCGAGCAUUUUGCCGUCAAGGCCAUCAAUAUAAUCAUGCAGAACCUGGACAACCCGAGCUUGGCGGAUAUUCAGGCUCUUUGUCUUCUGAUCAUCCACGAAUGGGGCAACCGCAAUGCCGUCCGUGCUUACAUCUAUCUUGGCCAAGCCGCUCGUAUGGCUCAGAUGUAUCGGAUAAUUGCCGUUCACCAGAACCGAGACGAUCCGGACCAGUUCAUUAAGGAUGAAUCAUUCCGUCGCACCCUGUGGUUGAUCUAUGUGCUGGACUGCUUCCUCACCAGCAGCCCCGGUCGGCAACCGGCCGUGUCCCACCAUGACAUCAAAGAUGUGCCACUUCCGUGCCUUGACAUGAGUUACAACUUCGGUACGCCUGUGUAUGUUCGCACCCUUGCGGGUGGACCGCCUCCGACGCUUCCGACGCCGACUACACCUAUCUCCGAGGUUGGCGAAUUUGGACACAUUGUGAUGGCAACCCAGGCUUGGCGUAACGUUGUUGAAAUGCUUACUACCGUAACGAGCGCCACUUUCUCCGAAGAGGACUGUGCUUCCCUUGAGGCUGGCAUCGAAUCUGUUCGCAGUUCGUUGCCGCCGCACUUUAUGGAUAACAAAAGUAGGCAGAUCAACCUACACAUCACCAUGGGCAGUGGAUACACGUACGCCAUGCUGCAUUGUCUCCUCCAUUGCGCUACUAUCAUGGUCAAUCGUCGUAGGCUUCUUCACCUUGUUACUACCGAUGGAUUCAGUCAUGAGACUUGGCGUAUGGUGCCACAUGUUCACCUGCAGACAGUCGACCGCGUAUUUGCGGCUGCUGACAGCGUGGUGUCACUCCUACUAGCCUUGGAAUCUAAUGCGGAUAAGGACGCCGUCCUUAACUUCCCCUUAGUUAUGCUGUUCUCGUGUUUUACAGCUUGCUCUACUGUGGCAUGGUUUAGUUUGAAAGGCUUGACGCCCGGCGACUUGAACGAGACGGCCGAAUCGAUAGUUCGUGAUGGCAUGCGCUUCCUUCAGGAUGGAGCCAAUAUUUGGAUUCUGGCUGUUCCAUGGUACCGCCAUCUAUCUGUCAUGAAUAAAGUCCUCCGGAAUGGCGACAGGACACUCCAGAGAGCACAGCCUGACCCUAUUGUGCCCUUGAUCAAAGAGGACACAGCAAGCCAACCGGAUAACCCUGAUAGCAUGGAUUACGAGCGCCCCCAGUCGGCGAACGCUCAAGAACAGACGGACGGUCGAGGUAGCGAGCCUCCCCGAAAGUCUGGAUUUACGACUAUCAACGGGGGAUCGGUUGGGGUGUCACCACCGGCCACUGCGAGCCCUCCUCCGGGUCAGACGAAGGCAGAGUCUCCUGCACCUUCCUCCUCUGGACAACCGGCCGAAUCCGCGCCGGCUGCUGGUAACGAUAUGACCGCCGCCGAGCUUUGUGUGGCAUUUGAGCGCCAGCUGUUGGAACUGGACGAUCUCGCUGCCUUUAUGGGCGGAGGUGUGUGAAAACCCGGGGAUUAAAGCCCUGCGCUCUCUAAACCUUGUACUACUUGCACUCACGCAUUAUCCAAGUGCCGUCUCAUGAUAACCCGGCGUAUCUUCCUACGAGGUUGUGUUAAUAAGGGAAACAUGGGUUGGCGUUAGUUGGUAUUCUCGAGUUACCCUAUGGGGGGUUUCCUAUUGUUUAAGAUAAUUAGUUUCGGCCAUCGCAAUAUACCGCAGGACUUCGAAGUCCGCAUGGGUCAAAUGGCUAUGGUUUCCAGCCGAGAGCCCGCGGUAUUGAUAAGAGGAUGAAGGUCUUUAAAUAUGGUGGGAUCUUGGGCGGCGCUUUAUGCAUGCAGAUUUGUUUUUCC